AUGUUCAUAUCGAUCUCGAACCCGUUCUCUAUUGAUAUUUGUCUUCUUGUCAUCAAACAAUCAAGUUUAUGUCUGUCACUAAUUCCCACAGAAACACUAAACUCUAAUCAGAAGCGUUUAUCUCCGUCUCUUUCUUUCUAUCUUUCUAUCUAUUUAUCAAUCCAAUUGAACCCUCUCUUAUUCACUACAUCAUCUACAUCUCUCUCUCUUUCUCUCUCUCUCUCUGUUGUUGUUGUUGUUGUUCUUCUUCUUCUUCUUCUUCUUCUUCUUCUUCUUCUUCUUCUUCUUCUUUGUCGUUCUCAUGGCCUGAUUCCAGAGAUGCAAUUGUCAGGGAUGCAGAUGUCCAUAGAUGAAAUUGUCUGGUACGCUGCAGAUAUCAGAGAUGCAAUUAUAUCCAGAGAUGCAAUUGUCUGGUACGCAGUUGUCUCCGGGAUGCAGAUAUCCAGAGAUGCAAUUUACGGGGUACGCAUUGUUGUCUAG